AUGAAAAGAAAAUCCGCACUAGCAGCGGUGUAUGCUCUUCAUGCUUUAGUACCCGAGUAUUGGAGAGACUGGUUUGUAGCAGUUAGGACAACACCUGCACAGCUCAGGCUUAGUACGUUUAAGCAAACCAUCGUUGCAUUCCACUUGAAGACAACUCACUUUAAUAAUUUGGCAGCGAAGGGGAAACUUGUGCGGAUGCUGUCAACGGACUUUGUGAAGAUGAACUGA